AUGGAGCAUUCCUCUUUAGAUUUAAGUAUAGUUAAGAAGGAGCCGGGAUUUGGCGAGCCAUUUUCCCCAGAAUCUGGCUUGUUCGACAACAUGAUGUCUGAAGACUUUCACGAUACAACCUUUCAUUCUAUGGUUAGUAAAGUUUCAUUCAUUGCAUAGCGUAGUAAAACUCUUUCACGUUACAACUCUUGCCAUGCCGUGGAUGAUAUUUCUGUUCACUAGCUGAGGAUUUGUCUGCUCUUUAACGUAGCACCAAGCCAAUGAAGACGUUCCUGUUGACUGGCUCUCAGGUUUUUUCGACGAAGUUCCUACCUGUGCUGAAACCUUGAGCUACAACAGUUUGCCGGAGUACACUUCAAGUAGUUUACCGUACACAUCACUGGGGAAAUCACACUAUCUGAGUCUGAAUGGCCUUAGUAUGGACACAAUGCCAAGUUUUCCUGAGGAAUGCUCCAAUGAGUCUCUGUAUUGCUCAACGCCAUCUGACUCUACACCAGAUUACAAACCCCUUUCUCCAGAGUCCACACAUUCAUUAGAAGCCGACGUAAAGCCAAAUUUAUUUAGCAAAGACGUUCUACUUGAACCUCACGAAAGUUUUUCUCCGUCGAUGAACCAUCGACUAGAACCGCCUGAUUUACAGCUGUUUGAGCAGACCGAUGGACCCAAAAGUUCGCCGGAAUCACCACAUUCCGAGAACGGCUCCGACCGACUCGACAGCGAAUCCGGUAGGUCACGACAUUGUUUUCCUCUCUUCUGAGGUUUCAGAGUUUCAUUUAUUUCUCUUUUCCGUCUAAGCAGCUUAUGAUCACCAUAUAAACAACAAGACAUGAGGAAGGCAUUAAAUUUUUAUCCGGUGUUGGUAAAUACUGAUCUCUUUGUUUCACAUGGCCAGAACUACCAUUGUUUGUGUGACUUUCUACGACAGUCGAUUGAAUGGGUAUCGUUUCCAGAAAUCGAACGAAAUGUACCAACGAAAUAACAAGAAAGCAAACCUUUGUCGAUUUCCUACUAUAUGCAAGCUUACCGAAACGGAUAAACAUCCCUGGGAAUAAAUUUCUAAGACAUGAGUGAUUCAACAGGUAAAGUUUCAUCAAAGCUUCUUCUUCUUAGAGAAUUGAUCUUUGUACCGUGCACUCCUGGCAGGAAAAGAAAGUAUCAAUUUUCCGUAUUAAGAAUUCCGCUAUCUAGAGCAUCCUGUUUUUAUACACGAAAACAAGUUGUCUCUGUUAGGAUUAGAUUUUUUGGUGGCUACGGCAUUAAAAGCCAGUCACAAUUUCUUUAAUCCAGGUUGUUUGCGAGGAAUUUUUGACGGUUGACUAAAAUUCCAUGGGAACAAUUUCGGCGGCGACCGAAAGAGUUGCGAAACUUAAAAAUGAAGGAGUAUUCACUCUAACAUGAUGAUUUUAGCGUAACAGUGCUGAAAACUUUGAGUUAUUUUAAUUGUGAUGCCUUGACCGGUUUUCUUUUCUAUACAAUGAGAAGACAGUUGUUGAAAUGUUUCGGGAAAAGUGUGUUUAAAUCUAGACAAUUCUAUAUAUUUUUCGUUUCCAAGGUUUUGCUUUCUUCUUGUUCGUUUCUCCUUGAAAUUUAUGCAAGAUCGAAUAGUUUGAACAUCAUGUGUCCUUUUUGAAUGUUGAGCUGAAUUCUUAAUAUUGAAUCAGCUGUGUAUACUUCGCUGUUUGACAAAAAUGUGAGAAACUUUAUGUUUAUAUAUAAACUAUAAUUUUUGAAUCAUUUUAAAUAAUGUUUUCUUCUUCUGAAUUUUGUCGGAGAAUUUUGUCCUGGAUAAUUUGUACAUGUAUUUGUAAACUUUUUAAAUAGUUAAGUUUUCUUGUAAGUUGUACUACAGGCCGUGGACGUGUUUAUAAGAACUAUUAAUUUUUAUAAUUGUUAACAGUGUACACACAACACACAAGUUGGUCACUGAUGUUUUUAGCACAUUUUUCAUGUUCAAAUGGUAACUCUAAAAACCAAUGAAAUGCUUGGAAAUGUGUAUUUUAAGGGUGCCUAUGGGGUUACUGCUGUAAAUUCUUAACAUCGCUGUCUUGCUAAAGCAAAUCAGAGCAGUAGUACGGUUAGGCUGGAUUUGUAAAAAAAAAAUACAUGUAUAGUUUUGAUUGGGUGAAGCGUUCAUCAGUUGUAGUAUUAGUAGUAAACUUUAUUUCAACUCGGAUUGAAAGAGAGUGAAAGAAAGUGAAUGCUGAAAGAGAGCUCUUGGAGUCUUAAUAGGGUAAGAAAUUCAUAAAUACUUAUGAAAAUUUUGUGUGGAAAAUCACCAGCCCUUAGCCCUUGGUGACAACAUUAGUGAAGCUUAAUUCACUAAGUAGCCCUUGAUGAAUUUAUAACAUUGACCACCUCAUGAUCAGUUAUUUUUGGAAAGACUUUGUCCUCAUCUGGGUCAUAACCAUCUGACUGGUCAUCCCUGUUGUGAAAUGUGAAUAAGAUUUUAAAAGAUGUCUUGAUAAAUGGUUGUCAUUAGAUUUAAAUAUUAUUAUUGUCAGUUAUUUACUUAACUUAAAUAGAACCUGGUCAAUUUGCAUGCAACAGUACGUGUUCAUCUGAUUGCAUUUACCUAAAGGCAGCCUAAAUGUUUAUACUUUUUAUUGUCUUUUGUGGGUUCCUAACUGUGGUAGUAUAAGAGAGAGCUUUAGAUUCAAGGACGAGGAAGCUUCACCCUGAAGCUUCAUUGUACUUCGCUUCACCACAAAAGUUGGUACACUUUUUUCGAUUUAAGGACGUUAAGCCCUCUCCCGAUAGCUAAAUGAUAAAAUUUUCACCAUUUUGAUAACUUGUUAUUGCCACUACAACAUUCCCGCUAAAACUCGUGGUCGAAUGAUAAUAGCUAUUAGGUUUUCUUGCCAAAAUGACGCUGGCUCACACGCGAGCACUACUUAGCAUUGAGGAAAUCCCGUUCUUGUAUUUGUCAUCAUCUUAGAAUCUAAUGGUCUCCAAUGACAUUAUUAGUGCAAGUUUUUAGUAUUUCCAACAUGAAUGUUCCGUGCAAAGACACUCCAUCAUGCAGUGUUGCAUUGUUAUAAAGGCUUAACCCUGUUGUGCAAAUUGUCCACUUAUGACUUUUUCCCCCUCCUUUUCUUUAUUCAGCUUCUGGUGAUGGGUAUUUUUAUCCCGCGCUGCCUAUCCAAUCAGAAUACGCUACAAUCAGAGCAUGUAGAACUUACAGUAAGCAUUCUUAAAAGCCAAACCUUAAAAUAUAACUCCAUAAAGAGGCCAGGUCACACAAUUUGACGCAAUUUUUACACUUACCAACAGCAAGUGUAAAUUGUAAAAUUGGCUGAACUUUAAAAGAACUUUGGAAAGAAGUACAACCAAAAGAGUGAAAAGUGAUAGACAAAAUAGACUACAGGUUGUGUUUGCACAAAUAAAAAUAGUGUGAUUUCCAGUGUACACCUGUAUGGCAGCUACUGCUGUAUCUUUGGUUGUGACUGUGGAUUUGUUAUUAACAGAAUUUUGUUUUGGUGGAUAACAGAAAAUAGACUAAAUCAACUGUGACGUAGCCUCUUGCUGUGUAGUGCUUAUUAAUUUUUCUGUUAAUUUUUAUAAAAAAUAAAUGUCAUUAUCUUGUAACUUACCAUGUAAUUUACUAUGUGACUAGAUAAACCUAAACCUUUUUUUGAGCUGUUGUUAAUGAAUUUGUAUGAAUUCUCUACUAAGACCUUAUGAUCAACCCUUUUUCCUAGAGCUUACAGAGUGUGAUGCAUAAAAAUGUUGUAGUUAAUUUUUUAUCUCAGGUCAAUUUUUCUUUUUCUUCUUUUUUUAAAACUAUUUAAAUCCUAAAGAUUCUAUAAACUAUCAGGUUGUCUUCACUUUACUAAACCUGAAACCACUUCCUGUUUCUUUAAUGUGUUAAAAUACUCAGGUUUAUGAAAUAAUGAAAAAGUACUUGUUUAAGUGCCGCUUCCUUGUAAUAAACACCCACUUGCAAUGAAGACACAUGGUUCUUCCCAUGAGAUUUUUAUGUAGGCAAAUAUUAUAUAGUAGUUUCUUGUUACAUUACUGCAAAACAAGGAUUUAACAUCACAUCAUUAUGAAUAUUUUACUUAUAAGCCGUAAAAUAAUAAGCACCGGUAAAACCUGUGUUUAUAUUAAUUUUUGGGACACAUUCAUUUUCUUCUUUGUUCUCUGGACAGUUUGAUGUCCUUGUUUUGAAGGACAAGACGUCAGCUGUCUUAUUCCUCUGUGCCUUACAUUUCACAAUGUAGCACUUUUAGGGAUUUCUUCAAAUACAGUGUGCAGGCCCAGAUCGAUAGUGAUAUCCACCAGAUAGAUGGCUAUCCAGUAGAUAACUAUAAAUGAAACCAUUGUUGUGCUAUCCACUGGAUAGUGAUUUAUCUGGUGGAUAGCACUAUCCAUGGCCAGCUUGUGAACAACUGAGCCCUGAUGUUGAGAUGAAUUAUUAUUUACAUAUAUUGAAUCAUUGAAUAAAACUUUAUCACAUGGUUUACAGGAAAAAAAGUACUACAAUGGUGGUCAUGAUAGAUUUUGCAUUUUCCACAAAAUUUUUCCUUCCUUUUCAGUGCUUUUUUUGUCGGACAAAUAACAUGUUGGCUAUAGGAAUACUUCUUUUUAGUGAAUUGACCCUGAAUUUCAGAUUGAUUUUUUUCCUUUACUCACCCUAGCAUGAGAUUGGUGUUGGCCUGUUGCAUUGUGAAAAAGAUGGAAAAUAUACAUGUACCUGUAGUAAAUAUAAUGAAAAAAAAAAUGAAAAACUGUUGGUUAUUUACACUAUAAUUUAUUAUUUAUCUUCUCUUCCAGGUUAUGACUCUGCUUCCCAUUCCCCUCCAUCCUCAUCUAACACACCACCACACAUUUUAGAAGACAAUGAUAUGUCCGUAUCAAGUGUGAGAGAAACAACUCCACCUGUAAUACAGGUAAAAGCAGUAGAACCUCAGUCAAGUGAACUCCCCAAAGGAAUAGUUACUUGGUAGAAAGUGUCCUGUUUACAUUGUAUGAGAGAUGCAACCCUCUGCAAAUCUCAGAUCAUUAAUUUUAUCGUUUGUACUUUUUUUCUUUAAUCAUCACUUCCCUUGAUUAGUAUGGAAUAUAUAACUGCCCCCAUUAAAGCCUUUGCAGGUAAUAAACAAGUUAUCUUCACUGAUGCAUACCUUAUCCUUCUUUUGUGUGGUCUUGAUUAAUUUUGUCAGAAUCUGUCCCAGAGUAAGAUUGAUAAAUAUAUAACAUUUUACUCUUGUCAUUUAUUUUGCUUGCAAGUACUACCUGCUUCACCUAAAUGGUUGCUGGCUAACUGCAUACAGAGAAAUUUUAAUUAAGUAAAAUCAAGGCAAUAAAUGAUUUGUUGUUGUUGGUGAUGCUUUUUAGUAAUUCAUUACUUUUUUUUUUCACCUACAGCAUCACCAAGAAAAACAGCCAUUUUAUUUAACUGAAGAAGAAAGAAGAACUCUUAUAGCAGAAGGUUUACCUGUACCAACUGGUUUGCCUUUAACUAAGGUAUGCACACUUAAGAUGUAAGUCUUUUGGUAAAAUAAUUGUAUCCUUUAUUGAGUCUCUUUUUUCUAUCUUAAUUGUAUGAAAUUACUAAAUAGUGGCUGGUUGUUGAACUGGGUCACAAUGACAAAAAAGGAAAGAAAAAAUCAUAAAGUGUUGAUCAUGGAAUCCAUCUGUGUAUGAAGGUCUUUAUGAGGUCCUUUAUUAAGCAAAAAGUACAUGAUAAAAACUAAGAAUACUUACAUUUUGCAAAAGUCAAAAGCAAUUAAAAAGCUUAAAGAGUAGAAAAGAGUAUAUAAGUUAUAAUAUUCUAGCAUGCAGUGAUUUUGUUAUCACUGCGUCCCUGACACAUAAAAUUCCUCAAAGUUGCAAAAGUUUUAUGGCAUUGUGUUGAAUCAGAAUCAUGCAAAGAUUGAUUAAGGGAACUGAAGACGUUCUUAAAAAGAUCAUCUCAUGACAUGAAAUCUGUAUUCAAACAUACCUUAAGUCAAAGGAGCAAUACUAUAACAGUCAUAGGUCUAGAAGUUAGAAUUUCUGGACUAAUAAACUAAAGCUUUUCCUUGCAAUUAAACAAUCUAAUUAAAUCAAUGGUUUUUAGAUUGGAACUCACUGAUUCUGGACUGGUACUUAUUAUUAUAUAUGAUGAGAGUCCUUGGACUUCUGACUUCAAAUUGUAUCAUUUUCAGUGGACAUAAAAAAUACUCUUGGUGUAUUUGGUUUGGCAAGUAAAUGGUAUUUAUUUCUUUUUGAUGAGAGUUUUGUUUUAUGGUAGGUUGAAGAAAGAGCCCUGAAAAAAGUUAGACGAAAGAUAAAGAACAAGGUAUGAUGUUAAAGCUCUAUAGUCACUGUAUAAAUCUUUGGUAGAUAGUGAAACAGACUAUUUUAUCCAUUACAUUAUUGGCAGUUCCCUGAAGGCACGCAUGAGGAUUCUCUCUGUCAAGUGACGUUUUGUUGUCUACGAAGGCCACAGAUUUUGUACCGUGAUGGGUAAUUUGCCAUUACUCUUUUAGAUCCAAUAAUAAUAUUGUUGUUAAGUCUAACUCCCUGUAAGCCAAAACCCUUGGGUGUUGCUUAUAGGAUUUGUCCUUUUAUGAGAGCUUGGGUUAACUUACUACAUUACAAGAAGCUAGAAAUACAAGUUUGAUUUACAUUUAUAUUCAUCAUUGACAUCUAUAAUGAGAAAUCUGAAGACCUGUCCACCAUUCUCUUGUCACAAAUUUUUAUUUUGUCCACAUGCUAUUAUUCCACCCUGCAGCUAUAUUUGUCAAAUAUACCAGCCAAAAAAAAGAGAGAGAGAGAGACAAAAAAAGGAAAAUUAUUGUCUUCUGCUUGUUUCCUUUGUACGAUGUGAAAUCAAGGUAUUGGUGACACAGCCCUGCACAUGUUGUUUUUUUUGUGGUAGUGUUGUCUUUGUCGUCUACUGUCUGCCGCUUAAAGAAGGUCACAAUUAAGUUUUAACAUCUAAGAACCCUGAUAUUCUGCAUCUAUUUUUUUAAAAUAAUGUAACUUGAAUUCUCUACUCUACUCAGAUUUCUGCUCAAGAAAGUAGACGUAAAAAGAAAGAAUACAUGGAAACACUGGAAAAGAGGUAAACUUGAAAUAGUCAUUCUUGUUAUUUUGAUUUUGUACAUGUACACUUAAUUUGCAUCCACGGUUGUGUCAGGUAUACAGCAUGUCUUUUUUCAGUUUUAACAUGAAAAUUAUGUUUUUUCUUUAUCUUUCAGAGUAGAAAAUUGUGCAAGUGAAAAUUUAGAUCUUCGCAAAAAGGUGGAUACUUUGGAAACUACAAAUCGGUAGGUUCUGGGGCUGAAGCUUAUACUCAGUUCUCUAUCAAUUUUUAUUAUUGUAUCAUGAUUUUUCCUUUGUAAGAAAUGGUGUGAGAUACUUGAAUGUUGAUAUCCUUGAAAUGAUUAUAUUAUUUGGUGCUGGAAUUUACUGUCAGACAUUGGACAAAAUUUUGUAAAUGUCCGACUAAUAUUGCAAUUUGUUCAGACAUAUAUUCUAGCACUUAACAUCCCUGAGUUGAUUUCAAAAACAUUAUGAGUUAAAAACAUUAACAGAUAAACUUUGCAUUGGAGUGAAAGACUCUCUAUUUUGAUGAAUCUCAAAAACGUCCAUGUAUUCGUCUUUCUAUCCGGCGAAAUGAAGUAGCCCUCUUUGUUACGGAAUUACUGGGCUCUAGUUUCCAUCUACUGAAAUCUAAUUUAUGCAUGUGAAAACACAUGCUUUGAAAACCAAAUGGCUGCCUGUUUCAAUGAUGUGAAAGAUGAAGAAAGCUUUGUAAGAUGAACAAGAAAACUUUCCAUGCAAUUUUUUCAAUUUGAACAACAACGUGAAGGAAAGGCAGUGUUUGAAAGUAAAUUUAGUCAUGAAUUGGGAGAGAUUAAAGAAAAAUCUGAAAGCAUGACCAUAUUUACUCGCAUUAGCUGCACCCACAAAAAAAGUACAAAGACAAAAAAGUAACAAAGUGCCAUGGCCCUGUUAUAAUCAAAAUCAAAAUGUUAAUUCUGCUAGUUUAAUAUGGAAAGUAACAAUAAAUUAUUGUAGUUAAACAAUAAUUCUAUAAUAUUAUUCUUUGUCACAUCCUUAAAUAAGUGCAUGUAUUUGAGACAUGAAAAUUUGAGUAACACGUUAUGCUAAUUUUUGACCUAAUUAAUUUUGUUUCAAAAUAAAGAUCUGAAAGGUGACAUGUUUUAAGUGAGCAAAAUUAUUGUCAGCACUGUUAUUUCUUUUUCUCUCUUUUAUGUUCCUUUAGUUCCCUUAUAAGUCAACUUCAAAAACUUCAAUCACUUAUAGCAGCCAAAGUUCCUCGUGCAGUUACAGCAAGAUCAACACAAACAAGCACCUGCUUAAUGGUGAGAAAUAUAAUCUUCAAUUACAUUCAAUAACCUUUAUAGUCAAAACAUACUCAGGCAUCUUUUCUGCUGACUCUGCUCUAAAGUUUCCUUUUUUGCACUUAUCGUAAGGUAUAUACUACUUAUUAACUGAGAGUGAGGUCAUUACAUUCUUAUAGACCAUAACAUGGCUGUCUAUACGGAUAUCCACUAUCAAAGUAGUCAAAACAUACUCAAGCAUCUUUUCUGCUGACUCUGCUCUAAAGUUUCCUUUUUUGCACUUAUUGUAAGGUAUAUACUACUUAUUAACUGAGAGUGAGGUCAUUACAUUCUUAUUGACCAUAACAUGGCUGUCUAUACGGAUAUCCACUAUCAAGUGAAACACAGAUUGUAUAGCCUUGGACACCUACAUGUAGCUAGUAAUGCUAGGUCAUUCAAGAAAAUAAUGCCCAAUCGUUACAAGAAAACAGCCAAUCAGAGCACGCAUACUGUUGUAGCCAUAUAAUAAUACUGUUAAUACACACUUUACUCUCUUGGUUGAAUAUUAUAAAAAAACCACCGUCUGUUUUUAGGCCAGUACAGUAGACCAGUUUUUGUACAUGUAUAUUAAAUAAAAUUAAUACUUGAACUUGAGUCUAGGGGGAGUAAAGGAAAAAAAAAUCUCUCGAGGUGAGGGGAUGAAUGGUUUAUUUUUUUAUUCUAUUCCUUAAAGCCUCAGAGCCAAGUUUGAAUUUUUAUUUUGAAUUUCAGGGCUCAAAAUAAUUUUCGGACGGUGGCCAGACAUGAUGACCGGCCAAAUAAAUUUUUGCUCGGUCAAGUCUUGUUUCUGACCAGUCAAAAUAUUUGGAAAAAAGUCAACUUAUCCUUUUGUGAUUUUGUAUUUGUGGAGGUAAUUGUAUUGUACAAAGUUGGCUGUUUGUUCCUCUGUGUGACCUGUCAACAUGACCGACGAGGGAAAUUUUUGGACAGUAAAAUCGCCACUCGUGCCAUACAUUGUCCGUUAACUGGCCAUUAUUAUUUUUGAGCACUGAACUUGGAUCUGUUUUACUAGGAAAUUCAACAAGCAUGUGUUUACUUGUUGUACCGGUAUAGCUACAUUUAAAAGAUCUAAUUGAUAUUAUUCCUGCUGUUAAUGGUACGUUUUUGUGGUACAGGUUGUGGUGCUUUGCUUUGCUGUGUUCCUGGGCAGUUGGAGCCCUCUUUCAAGUACAGGCAUUAAUCUUCCAUCGUUAAGUGCCUCAUCAAGUAAAGGCGCAGUUGAUUACAGCACACCCUCAGGUAAGAAAAAAUCCCUUCAUUAUUAGAACGAAAUGUAAACACUAUAAUGCAGCAGUAAUUGAUCAUAAGGCAGUGCAAACUCAUUCACUUAGUGAGAAAUGAAUUAUCAAAGAGGUUCUUAUUGUUAGAAAAUUCAUAGGUGACUUCUGAGAAUGGCAGAUUGUUCUUCCAAGUUUUCUUGAACAAAUUGAGAAAGGAUUUGAAAUUAGGUCGAGUUACUUGGGGCCUGUUUUCUAUGCACCCUUUCGACAAUAAUCAUGUAACUGGAACCAUAAAAUUUCAAACUUUGAAGUUGACGUACUUACUUCUUAUAACCUUCCUGUCAACACUUAGAAGAUGACGGAAUGAAAACUGACCCCAUAAGUUGUGAUCACUCAUAAAACUUUCUAGGUCUCUAAUAUUCUCCAGACCAGUAUCCCUCAGCAGUUUGUUAACCCUUUAAAUCCCUAUGGUGACCAACAUCAAUUUUCUCCUAACGAUAUCCAUACACUGUCAAGUUAUAUGGUUAUAAGAAUUGAUAAAAUGAUCACCAAAGUGAGAAUGCAUUGAUCUUUUAUAAAAUUCUCUCCACUCAUUCUUUAAAGAAAUGUAUGGAGGUCAGUUUGGAGUAUUUGUAUGUGGAUAUUGGGGCUUAAAGGGUUAAUGUAUGUAGUUGUUGGGCUUCCUCAUUUGCCCUCCUUGCCAUGUGUAGGAGGGGGGUGAACAGGCGAAUGGAUCGGUGGAAAAUUUUGAAAAUAUUUUUGCCCGGAUUUUGGAUUCAAAGUGAGAUUUUAAUGGAUUUCUGGAUCCUGGAUCGGAUUCAAGAUUCAUCUACUUUUUGGGCCUGGAUUUUGGACUUCAGGUGUAAUUAAAAUUUUUUUGCCCGGAUUUUGGAUUCAGGGCGAAAAUGGAAGGGCAGAUUUGGUUAAUAAAUCAUAAUGGAUUGGCAGAUUUCCAUUACCCUAUUCACCCCCCUCGUGUAGGCACACAUAUUAUCAGCUGUUAUGCUGGAGACUGAAGAUAGCAUUACAUGCACCAAUGUUUGUUAUUAUUUUCCCAAGUGCACUCAAUAUCUUGUAUCCAGUUAAAACCAGGGUUAUUGAAAGUCGAGUUACAAUAUUAUUGACCUAUCUAAGUUUCUAGAGUGUUAUUUUUUACUUUGGUUAACUAUUUUUCAUGUAUCUGGUUUCAGUUCGCUCCAGAGUUUUGUUGUCAGUUGUGGAUGACCUGGAUUCUGAUGAGUUCAUUGAGCCCUUUCCAGCCAAUAACAUGUUUGAUCCAGUUGAUCAGUUGAUGCCAUCCAUGCCAACCAAGAACAUGGCCGCAGAAAAUCAAACAAAGAAUAUCAUCUCCAUGGAGACAGUUGCCAUGGAACACAGAACAAAUGAGAGCCAGUUGGUUGCAUCUGCAGCUUGAAAGACUUUCACAGUGUUUCUAAUACCACACUCUAGUUAGUAGUAAAAAUGUAUUAGUAUUGUAAUGUGCAUUCAGUAUUUUUAAUUUGCUGAGGUAUUUGUUAUCUGUCAGCUCUGAUAGUGAGUAGACAAAAAACUUGGGUACUACACCCUCAAAUUUGCAUUAGAAUAUUAGUACAAUUUUAUUACCAUAACUAGAAGGGUCAAACUCGAUUUAUGUCGACUUUGAAAGAUGACUCAGGGCUUUAGCUAUUAUAAAUCAUCUGCCAGUAGAAUUCUCGAGUUCCUCUUGAAAUUAUUACCAAUAUUAAUUACAAUAGAAUUAUGACAAAGGGUAUUUUAGUAGGGAUAAUAAUUAUUUGUAGUUAAAAAGUAUUUUGUAUUUUAUAAACGAGUUGUGUCAGGUUAUGAGAAAAUGAAGGACCCAAAGACUUAACACGAAGUUCAAGAAUAUGUAUAAAAUUCGCCGCCGCAAAUCAUAUCCUGUCUCCUUGUAUUUUCUCUUAACAUGUACAAAUUUCCUUCAAACCCCGUCAUACAUUUUGUAACGUAUUUACCGCAAUAAUAAUAAUAUAUCAGACUUGGUUUUCUUAAUAGAUAAGGUGGCUGACAACAGAGUACGGCCUUGGAGCUCUGUCGUACUCACAAGGGCUCAAUUUUCAAUAUCGAAUGCUUAAAUUAUAAUACAUGUAUUUAUACGUAUAAGUUAAGAAAAAUUAUAGAUUCUAAUUGAGUUCGAAUUGUUGCAUUGAUAGCCAAAAGGAGUAUCGCUCCAAGGUGGCCUAAACCUAUCAGAUUUCUCGCCGAGAACAGGGUCUUUAAACAGGUUCUUCAGAGAGUUCACAGUAUAUUUUUCAAGUGCGGUGUAUUUCUAGCUAAUAAAUGGUACCUUUUGUUUAGAAACGUGUUUAGGAUUAGUAGUAGUACAUUAGGAAGUUACAGUUUCGUUAUUUGAAGGCGACAUCAAGUAAUAGGAAAAAUCAUGUAAAUAGACUGUACAAACGCGCUAGGGAUGGCGUUGAACCAAAGCAGAGUUACCCAACUAUUUUAAAACGGUCCUUUUUACAAGUGUAGUACAGGUUGUGUCACUAAUUUUAAUGGGUUUUGUAUAUUAAUCGCUUAAUAACAUUUGAAUUCGGUCCAUGAAGCUAUUUGAAAAAUUAAAGUAGCUUUCUAGGUGACAAAAUUGUUCUGACAGGGACAUAGGCGCCCCAAGCUUGGUGCGUAAAUUACCGCGAGUUUCGAUACUGUUUUGCAUAUUACAAACGAUUUAAAGACUUUGUAUAAGAAAUUCAAUACAGUUGUUA